UGAUUGGCUGCCUGUCACCUUAGCCACGCCCUCCUUAUAGUAGCUUCAGAAAGAUGAGGAACCCGCGGCUACACCUGCUAAAUCAUGGCUACAUUUUUGGAACGAUUAGCUUUUAUUCAAAAAGUUCCCACCUUAAUGAAGGCAACAGCAGAUGAUGAAAACCCCUGUCCUGGUUACCUUUUUCAGGAGAUUGGAAAAAUAUCCCAUGAGUCCUUGGGUUGUGGUCAGUGUUUGCUUGAAUACCUCCUGGAGAGACUGCAAGUCGAGUCCUGCCACGUCAAACUUAAGGUGCUAAAGAUUUUUGUCCACCUUUGUGGUCAUGGUUCAGAUCAUUUCCUUACAGAACUCAGAAGAAACUCCACCUUCAUCCAGCAAGCAUCAGUUUACAGUGGUCCUCCUGAUCCCAUCCAUGGCUCAGCACUUUACCAGAAAGUAAGGAGUACGGCACAGGAAGUGGCUCAAUUACUUUUCACAGAUUCAUUUAAUACCAAAAGCAGCAUGUCUUCACACACUAUUGCCCCUCCAGGAAUGGGUAUGGGAUCAGCUCUGUCCCACAGGUCAGCACUGCAGGGUUUUGGAUAUAGUCCAGGGAAACAAGGAACAGCAGCCAGCGAAUCACUCCUGGAUAAGAUCCAAAAAGCUGCGGAGGUCGUGGCCAGCGCUGUCCUUCCCCCCACGGAACAACAGGGCCUCCGCCUCCACGAUAACCAUUACCGCGCCGUCUUUGCCCCAUCUGCACCCAUAGAAGUCGCCGUUCCAGCGUGCGCAUACAACCACCCUGCAAGCAAAGCAAAAGUGUUACAAUGGUGUCCGGGGCAGGUAGGCGGUGGCUGGGAGGAGACUGACAGCAGCAAUGGCUCCUCCCACAACUCCUCUCAGGACAUCAGUGCGGAUAGCAGGGCGUCUCUGGGCAGCAAGUCAGCUGGAACAAGGAGCCAAUCGGGAGCCAGCAGAGGUAGUAAUGGGGAUCUUUUAGAGCGGGUGGAGGCCCUGCAGCUGGGAGACUGUGGCCAGGAGGUGGCGCUCAUCAACAGACUGACUGAAGGCUCCAGAGUUUUCCUGACCAGAGAGGAGUGUCAGCACUUCAUCAAAGAGUGCUCCACUCUCAACUGCGACGUGGUGGUGGAGUUGCUUUCAAGCAAGCUCCAGAAUCCUUCAAGCGUUCUUCAGAUGAGGGCUCUGUGUGCCAUCUCGUGCCUUAUGACCUCUGACCUUCUCUCUUUGGAGCAAAUGUUUGGAGCUACUAAACGCAGGCUUCGUCAGCUGAGCGAAGGCUCUGGAGGACCUGUGGCAAACAAAGCUACCAAGAUCCUUCGACAGUUUGAAGCUCUUAUCGGUGGAUCUCUGCACGUCACCAAGCUCGAUGCGGCGAACAACAGCCAUCCGCCCGCAGUCGCCUCUUUCUCUGAGAGCUUCUUGCCAGCAGACUCGGCCAACGACACAAACCUGAAACCUCAUCAGUCUGCGGGUGUCGCCCCUGCACAAGACCCACCGUCUCCCCCUGUCGGUGGGGACCGUCCUCAGAGAUGCUCUGCAGAUGAGCUGACGAGGGACGACGGAGAGGAGGAGCUUCACCGUGACCCCAAUCAGACGCAGCUGGUCAGACCAGCUGAGAGAAAUCCGGACCUCGACAGGAAGGAAGAACCCUCGCCGGCCCAAAAGGGCGCUCUGUCCCUUUUCAGUGGCAUGGAGAUGGUGACCAAAGUCAGGCUAUGUGAAAAGGACGUGAGCGCCAAAGCCGACGGCGCUGAAGACGGUUUAAGAUCGUCUGUGAAUGCCAGUAGUUCCUCCAAUAGCUGUUGUGCGUCAUUUGAUAGAGAUCAGGCAGUUUCAGCGUUCUCUUUUCUAAACUCUUGACCACAGACCAGCUUCCUGCAGCUGCGUCUGUCAUCAUCCUCCUCCGUUUUUCUCCACUUGUUUUCAAAUGAAGGUGUGGUAUUUGAGGAUAUGCAUCUACAACGGCAAAGUGAAAAUGACUGAACAAGAAUAUUUAUGUGGAUAGAAGGCAGGAGACAAAAGGGUUUGAGUGCCAUUUCAAUGGUUUAGCAUUGUCAUCAGGUCUAGCUGUUAAAAGAACAUGUCAGAACUAAAAACAAAAAAAACAGUCAGCUUUUAUGUGGAUUCACUGAAUUAAAAGGACUUCCACUUGAAUUAUUUCUUUCUGAUGUUUGAUUCCGCUGCUUUCACACAGUGGUGGUGUUAUGUGGCAGCUGCACCUUCCAAUUAUGAGACAUCACCGGUUUAGAAAAUCACAAAAAAAAGAGGAAAUCAAUUGAUAAAUAAAAAUGUUUGUAACCGGUUUCAAUUAUUUUAGCUAAAUGAAUAAACGACAACACAGAAAUAUUGAA